GAGGGAAUGUAUUUCAGUCCACGUUGGCCAGGCCGGAGUGCAGAUGGGCAAUGCCUGCUGGGAGCUGUACUGCCUGGAACAUGGCAUCCAGCCGGACGGACAGAUGCCCAGCGACAAGACCAUCGGAGGAGGAGACGAUUCCUUCACUACGUUCUUCAGUGAGACCGGGGCUGGAAAACAUGUUCCCCGCGCUGUCUUUGUGGACCUGGAGCCCACUGUGAUUGAUGAGGUGCGGGCUGGUACAUACAAACAACUCUUCCAUCCAGAACAGCUGAUCAGUGGCAAAGAGGACGCUGCCAAUAAUUAUGCCCGAGGUCAUUACACCAUUGGCAAGGAGAUCAUUGACCCUGUCCUGGACAGAAUCCGCAAGCUGGCGGAUCAAUGCACGGGUUUGCAAGGAUUCUUGGUCUUCCACAGUUUUGGUGGUGGCACUGGCUCUGGUUUCACUUCCCUCUUGAUGGAACGUCUGUCUGUUGACUACGGAAAGAAGUCCAAGUUGGAGUUCUCUAUCUACCCAGCUCCACAGGUUUCCCACAGCUGUGGUUGAGCCCUACAACUCCAUCCUAACCACCCACACUACCCUGGAGCACUCAGACUGUGCCUUCAUGGUGGACAAUGAAGCCAUUUAUGACAUCUGCCGCAGAAACCUGGACAUUGAGCGCCCAACCUAUACUAACCUGAACCGUUUGAUCAGUCAGAUUGUGUCCUCUAUCACUGCCUCCCUCAGGUUUGAUGGAGCUCUGAAUGUGGAUUUGACUGAGUUCCAGACCAAUCUGGUGCCUUACCCCCGUAUUCACUUCCCCCUGGCCACCUAUGCCCCUGUAAUCUCUGCAGAGAAAGCUUACCAUGAGCAGCUGUCUGUGUCCGAGAUCACCAAUGCUUGCUUUGAGCCAGCCAACCAGAUGGUGAAAUGUGACCCCAGACACGGUAAAUACAUGGCUUGCUGCCUGCUUUACCGUGGAGAUGUGGUGCCAAAAGAUGUCAAUGCUGCCAUCGCUGCCAUCAAGACCAAACGCACUAUCCAAUUUGUUGACUGGUGCCCAACUGGGUUUAAGGUUGGUAUCAACUAUCAGCCACCAACAGCAGUUCCUGGUGGAGAUCUGGCCAAGGUGCAGCGUGCCGUGUGCAUGUUGAGCAACACCACAGCCAUUGCUGAAGCCUGGGCUCGCCUGGACCACAAGUUUGAUCUGAUGUAUGCCAAGCGUGCCUUUGUGCACUGGUACGUAGGUGAGGGUAUGGAGGAAGGAGAGUUCUCUGAGGCUCGGGAAGACAUGGCCGCCCUGGAGAAGGAUUAUGAAGAGGUUGGGAUAGACUCUUAUGAAGAUGAGGAUGAAGGAGAGGAAUGA